AUGAACGUCAUUAGUUGGAAUUGCAGGGGAUUAGGCAGCAAAGCCUUUCCUUCUCUUAUCCGUAAUCUGAGGCAUGAAUAUGGAGCCAAUAUAUUCUUCCUCUUAGAAACUCAUGUGAGUGGUGUUCGAGGUAACCAAAUUAGAGACAAGAUAGAAUUUGAUAAAUCCUUUGUAGUGGAUGCAGUGGGUCAUGCUGGAGAAAUUUGGUGUCUCUGGGACUCUUCUGUUUGGAGUGUGGAUGUGCUAGAGCAUGACAAGCAGUACGUGCACCUAAAAGUCUCAGGUAAUAAUUCCACGCCAUGGCUCAUUACUGCUGUUUAUGGAAGCCCCCAGCGAGUGACAAGAAGAACGCUCUGGCAAGCCGUUAAAUCAUAUGCUGCUAGUAUUAACCUCCCCUGGUGCCUGUUGGGUGACUUCAAUGCUAUGUUUAACAACCAUGAGAAAAGUGGAGGGACGCUGAGAAAUGGCCAUGGUGCAUGUAAGGAGUUUCAGGAGUGUGUUUCGACAUGUGGCCUGGUUGAUUUGGGUUUUGCAGGCUGGCCAUAUACUUGGAAGAGGGGCAAUCUUGCUGAGAGUGUGCAGAAUAAAGGUAGAAGAUCAUUUCGUUUUCUUGCGGCAUGGAUUACUCACCCUGAUUUUGGGAAUGCUGUUGAUGCAUCUUGGAAUGUCCAGGGCUCCUAG